UCCGCCGCCGCUACCUUCUUUCUUUCUGCUCCUCCUCCCGAGCGCCCCUCUCCUCUGCUCCGCCUACAUAACCAUGGAUUGUGCAAUCAGACCAUAAACACUUACGGAGUUGUUUCUGUUUUGCCAAUUGUUGGCAUCGGUGGAGUGGGGAAGACCACUCUCGUUCAGCUGGUUUACAAUGAUACAAGGGUGAAAAACCACUUUGGUUUGAGGAUGUGGGUUUGUAUUUCUGACGUUUUUGACAUUAAAAAGAUAAUCAAAGAUAUCAUUGAGUGUGCCACUGAUGGGGUGUGUGAUAGGUCCCGCAGUUUAAAUGUUCUUCAAGGGGAACUAAGGAAAAUUCUGAUGAAGCAAAAGUUUCUUCUAGUGUUGGAUGAUAUAUGGCCAAAUGCUAUUGAUGAAUGGCAGACAUUUUUUGCACCAUUCAGGAAUGUACUUGAAGGCAGUGUCAUCUUAGUGACUACAAGAUUUGCGACUAUUGUCUGCCUUGUCACAAACACUAGGACCAUUGAACUCAAAGGAUUGCCUGAAGAUACAUUUUUGGAGUUCUUCAACAUAUGUGCAUUUGGUACAGAUUGUGCAGAAUCGUAUCCAAAGUUGCAGGUCAUUGGUCAGGACGUGGCCUCUCGGUUGUGUGGGUCUCCCUUGGCAGCUAAAACUCUUGGCCGCUUGUUGAAUAUGGAGCUCACAGAACGCCAUUGGAUAACUGUCCAGAAUAGUGAAUUGUGGGAGCUGCCACAUCAGGACAAUGAGAUAUUGCCAGCCCUUCAACUCAGCUACCUCUAUCUUCCACCGGAACUUAAGAGAUGCCUUGCACUUUGUUCAAUGUUUCCCAAAGGUUAUAGAUUUGAAAGAGAUGAGAUAGUUGACAUUUGGGUGACACAUGGCUUUGUUGUGCCGGAAGGAAGCAUGGAUCCCGAAGAGUUGGGUGUUGCAUACUUGGAUGAUUUGAGAAGCAGAUUCCUUCUUCAAACUGAUCCUAGGUUCCGUGAUCUAAGUAGAUAUGUAAUGCAUGACUUGAUCCAUGCCAUGGCACAAUCUGUUUCACUAGAUGAAUGUUUUUUGUUGCAAGAUAAGAACUAUCCUAAUCAGAGGAAAAUACCACCCACAGUUCGCCAUAUGUCAAUUGAGGUCCACAGUGAAGUUUAGAACAGAAUGGCAGACAUUCACCAUUUGGAUAAAUUGCAUUCACUUAGGUUCGGGACUAGAUCCGAAGUUAGAAUUUCAUGGUUAAAUAAGCUUUCCAACAUCCUCUUUUUGACUCUAAAAGGCUGCGAGCUGAAAAACCUACCUGAGAGCAUUUGUGUCUUGAAUCAUCUUCGUCACCUUGAUAUAUCUCAUAGCAGAAUAAUUGAGCUACCUGAGUGUUUUCGGUGCCUAUACAGCCUACAAGUUCUCAAUGCUAGUCAUUCAAGACUGAAAACAAUUCCUGAUGGCAUAACAACGCUAGUCAACUUGCGUAAUCUAGCACUGCCAGGGAAUGCCUCACAUAAUUUGUCAACAAAAAGUGGUCUUGGAAAUUUGUGUUCUCUGCGGAACUUGAGCUAUUUUACGGUUGGAGAAGGUAAUGGGAGGAGAAUUAGUGAGUUGAAGAACAUGAAUCAGCUGAGAGAAAUGCUAUCUAUUAAAUCUUUUGCUAACGUUCAGACUAUGGAAGAAACUGCCGAGGCUAGAAUUGUUGACAAGCAAUACCUUAAGGUAUUAAUUAUACAUUGGCGACAAUGUAGAUUCUUCCUGAAGGAACAUGAACAUGACAAUAGCAAUACACUCGAAGGCUUGCAUCCUCAUUCAAGAAUUGAACGUCUUGUACUUGAAGGCUUUCGGUUUGAUAACUUAGCUCCAAGUUGGUUAACUCCUGAAAACCUACCUUCAUUAAGAAAUCUAGAUCUUUCCCAUUGCAGCUUGAAAUAUUUAUCAAUGCCACUUUGUUUUCCCAUCACUACUCUGCGCCUUUCCUGGUGUUGUGGUCUGAGAAAUCUUGAUCAGUGCCUGGACCCAGAACAUUUGCCAUUUGUCCAGUCAAUAGAGCUUGAUUGGUGUCCAAAUCUAGUAUCGGUCCCUGUGCACAGUUUUGUGGGUUUUGUUUUCCUUCAAGAUCUGAGAAUCCACCAGUGCUUCAAGUUGGCGUGCCCUAGGGAAAUGGUUUUGCCCCCUGCACUCAGAAGACUUUCUGUUUCCUUUUGCGGUGAGCUUGGCAAUUCAUUUCCAGAUUGCUUGGAGAAUCUCAACUUUCUCACCCUUCUGCAUUUGGAAGCGUGUCUCACUAUAAGGCUCAUUCGAUUGAACUCGAUCAACACAAACAUGCUAAGUUGUCUGGUUCUUCGUCAUUGCUCGGAACUGUCAUCCAUCGAAGGAUCUAGCGCUCUUCUAUACAUGAAGUAUGUUGACAUAUUGAGCUGCCCUAAGCUCACAGGGAUAAGCCAACCAUUCAAAAGGAAUAAACUGGAGAAAGUAGAGGAGACAGAACUGCUAGAAUUUAUCAAACCACGCAAGGAAUGAACUGCAGAAAGUUGAGGAGACGGAGCUGCUAGAAUGUAUCAAACCACGGAAUCACGGAAGAGUUCAAGAGAAAAGGAGUGAUGUUCUGUUCAGAUCAUAGCGUUCGAGGUCAGUAGCUGCUUUUCUGAUGUCCAGUGGGAUGUUUCAUUUUGAAUGUCUCUCUUCUGAAUGGCUAAACUGGAAUCAACUUAUGGCGUUGUUAGCGGAACAGGCUCUGAGCAAAAGGGAGGAUGAAAUCUCACGGGGUUUAUAUAAAUCUGGGAUUCAGACAAUGAAGUUCAUGAACGACGAAUGUGCUCUAGAGGGGGGAAACCAUAGGAGGAGAAAGCUCUAGAGAGCUACGUUAUCACAGCAGAUCAAAGUGUUACAGGAAGUUUUUUGAAGUGAUGGUUCACUGUCGGGAGCAAUUGGUGGGAGUCACAAGUGUGUGACAUUUGAAGAGACAUGCUGAGCAUAUCAUUAUGUCUCGGCUACUUUUUAACUGGUAAGCUGUAACCCCAGUCUUCCCUGUGUGAACUACGUGUACUUGGUUAUCUCUAUUUCCUGUUCAGUUGCAUUCUUCUCUACCAUGAUGGCACUGUACUUAGGUACUGGGCACUGCAUAAUGCAAUACACGUGUAGGUUUGUUGUAUUUGCAAAGCAAAUAUAGUGGCUUUAAAGUAUAUAUCUGAAUAAUGUAUGACUUUAUGAAUUGGCUUGCAUAAGAAAGUGUAAAUCUGUCUUUGUGUAUUGGAUUAAUGUGUAAAUUUUGGCCUUCCUGAUCGUCCAUGGAUUACCAUUUUCCUUCCAAACUUAUAAUAAUAUAGUUAUCUAAUCACUAAUGUAACACUUGAAAGUUGAAACGCUUGACGGUAUCUACAGAUGAGGCUCAAUGUAAGCUAGCUGGUCUCUGUGCGCUCUCUGCGCUUGCAGAGUUGCCAACUAGCCAAAAUAAUUCUUAAUUCUUUUUUGAACUUCUUUUGG